CGUGAGGAUACGCCCUACCAGCCCAUCUACACCUUCAACGAGGACAGCAACACCCACUGCUGGACGCUCAAGCACCGCUACUGCGACCCCAUUGUGGACUGCUGCCACAUGGACUACGACCGCUUCACGAUGCUUGUGAUGCCCGCCGAGUACGGCUGCUACACGUCGCUCUACAACUCCACCCUGAACCGCCUGAGCGCCACCGGCGAUGUGCUGAGCAGCUCGCCGCUGUGGCCUAUCUGGAGCUGGAACGAGGUGUGGGACCCCAGCCUCCCCGACCAGACCUGGAACCAGCUCAUCUACACCGGGCUGGGCGUGGACCAGUACAACGGCACCGGCACCCAGAUCUGCUUCCAGCUGGGCUCACCCUGCACCUCCAUCAGCGACCUGUGCUGGAACGGCCGCUGCCUGUACGCCUACACCAAUGAGCCGGGUGACGAUGCGGGCACGGCUUGCUGCCCCUCACGCACCGUCAACCCCCUGAACAACCAAACGUGGACCCAGUCGCGCCGCCGCGCCGCCUCAUACGACGCCGGCGCCCGCGGCGGCAGCCGUGACAGCAACAACGCCGGUUCGGGCAUGACUCCCCAGCAGAAGUGGUGGGCCAGCAGCGCCGGUGUGGACUAUGCCGAGCGCUACCGUCGCGAGGUGAUGAGCCUGCCGGGCGCUGGCGAGGGAAGCAUCGAGGACAACGUCGGCUCGUUCAGCGGCGGCCGCGGCAGCGCUGCUGACCUCAACGACAGCACCACCCGCGUCGGCACCAAGAAGCUGAUUGGCGAUGCCACGAAGCGGCGGCAGCUGCACGGCCUGGCCGGCUCAGCCGCCGGGAGCGAGCGGCAGGAGGCGCGGGCGUCUGGCUCGCGCCUGCGCCGCGGCAUUUGGUAAACCGCGGUAGCGAACCACCCCUCUCCAACAGGGCUGUCAUUGCGUCUGCAAAUUUGCAAACAUGAGAGCAUACCAUUGGAAGCCUGUACCUGGCGCGCAAGUGCCAGAGGCUCGCGCGGAUGGGCGGAUUGCGGGGAGAUGUGCAGUGCUGCGCACCUCCCGCGCUGCGCCCGCCACCCAAUUGGCCCAACGAGUCUAUGUGCGUGUGUUCAUGUUGAUUGUCCAAGUAUAUCUCACUGCUUUCGUCAUGCUGGAGUUACGGUCCAUUGACCUGUGUGUCGUAUUCUUUACUAGACGUCACUUGUGUGCGCAUACGCGGGGACCCCCGCUGCCCAUCCGGCACGGGGGCCGCCGCCGCACUUGCCUUAUUGGGCGCCAUGACUCGUGAAAAAUGGGGUAUGGAUUGCUUUGUGCCGAGCUGACUAAUACGUUAGGUUUGCUAGCACAGUCAAAGAUAAAUCAGGUGCAGCUAGUACACUGCAGUCCGUAGGUAGGCCGCGUUGGCAUCGCACAGUGUACUUGUGUACACGCACAUAUGUAUGGCAAGCGUUGUGUGGUCAGGAAACUCAGGAACAAGUAUGCACCCGUCCGGCAAAAGACCCAGGGCGGUAAAAAAAAGUGGUAGGUUUGGAUGGCAGCGGUUAUGGCGCGUGAGAGAGCUGCGUCGGCAGCAUCGCAGUAGAGGCCAAGCAGCGGCAGGUCUGGCAUAAAAAACAGAGAAGUUAGUGGCGCAGUCUGCAUAGUGUUGUGAUCCCUGGUACGGAAGCUGCGGGUUAAGGGAGACGCUCGGAUGACGUUAGGCUGUUAUUUUAGGGCUAUCCAUUGCGCCCAGCACGUGUCGUACCGUGUCGGUCUAGGUAGAGCGGCAAGGUUGUGUGUGGCCAAGCGACUGACAUUUGCAGUGACUCGUGUGUCUGGUGCCUGGACAACAGAAUGCGCGUGCGCCCGGGCAGGCUGUAUUGUUGCCGGGUGGCGUGUUGACCAUUAGGAAUGACUUGACGAGACAUAAGGUGCCGGAGUCCAUUUUACAUCAGCACUGAUUCUUCGCUUUUACUAUGGUGUGGGUGUAGACGCUAAACGUAGACCUUCACUAGUCUCGUUGCGAUUGAUUCUUGCUAGGUCUCUUAGGUUGACCGGAUGGGGGAUCGCUUGCGCAACCGACACGUGUAACUUUACCCUGCA